CUAGUCGCGGAAGCAGUGUCCAACCAAAGCUAGAAAGCGCUCUCUUCUGAGACUCGACUUGAGGACCUCAUUUCCUCACUUCGCUGCUGUUGGUUUGAGACCAAACUCCAAUUUUCCGUUGCUGCUUCCUCCGCACCACUGCUGUUUUCCCCAAGCCUCCUUUCUUUUCCUUUUUGCUCUUGCUCAUUAACGGCUUCUACGCACCAAGUCGUUGAUUCGGUCGAUCGAUUGUCGAGACGAUACUGUGGAGACCCUUUGUUCGGAAAGAUGGCGAAAGGCGGCAACAAAAAAGGCGCUUCUGCCAAGAGCAAGAAGAAGGCGAAGGAAGGGAAAACAUCAAAGGUCAGUAGCGCAAAGGCGAAUCAGGAUGAGGAACUGUGGGAUCUCGUUCGAACGAUUUCUGGGAGCGAGAGCGACGACUUGCAGUGUUCCACCGAUGGUUGCACGAGCAAGGUUGUCAUUGUCUGCGCCAGCAAAUCGGAGCCCGAGAAGCAUCGGAAUGCCUGUAAAGAGUGUCAAGAAGAGCACUUUGGAGGAUGGCCCGAAGGAGUCGAGCUCCCGGUCGAUCCCCAAGAAGAAGACGCAAAAGAGACCAAGUCGGAUGGCACGAUCGAAGACGACUUUCAAAAGGCGGUGAAAAUUGAGGACGAAGCCACUUCUCCGACAAAAACCGAGUCCGAAACAACCGAGACACCCUCUACAAGCCCUUCGAGUGUCGACAAGACGUUGACCGACGACAUCGAUGGUGGGGCGACCGACACUGCCAAUGUCAUUGUGGAAGAAUCGACGGAACAAGAACAAGCGAACGAGUCCCGCGAGGGCGAUCAGAGUGAUGAAGCCAAAGCAUCCGCCGACAGCGACAAUGAAAUCGAUGAGGAAGAAGAAGACGACAGCGACUACAACUUGGUUGCCAUUCUGUCAGAGGAGAAGGUCAAGAGUGAUGGCGUGCUCUGCAAGAUCUGCUCGGAAAUCCCUGCCUGUGUCUUGUACGAAGGGACUGACACUAAGAAGCGCUGGUACUACUGCUUGAACUGCCAAGACGAAGACUUUGAGGGAUGGCCGGACAAGCUAGAAGAUUUCCCCAACAGCCAGUUGCCAACAUCCCAACACGAAGGCAAUCUACGAAAGUUCUGCUGCGCGCCUGGGAGCUCGCCGUCCUUGAUCGAUCGAAGCAUUGCGCCUUCUGGAACUGUAUUGUCUCCAAAGCCCGAUGCUUCGCACAAGAACGGUGGCGGCUCUGUUUGCAACGAUUCCAAUCUGACACCUGUCCCUCGUUCACAGGCUAGCUCUUCUUCCAAGAAGAAGUCCUCGGCAAUCACUCCCUCCCCUACUCCGUACGACAUUCCCCGAAAAGCCGAUCAAAAGAAGAAGAGUGCUGGCGCUAGCGAGAAAACAUUGAAGGCUCAUGCCCAGUGGUUGGAAAAGGCAAAGGAACUCGGUGGAAGCGAACUUGUCUUGGGCAAGGCCGAAGCAAAGAAGCUGAUCUAUGACCUACUCUACGACGAAAUGCGUCCCAUGGAAGUUGAUGACAUCUACAAGAAGCUCAAAGGGCAGGUGCCAGGCAUGAUUCUCAAAAAGUGUCUUGAUGAGAUGGCCGAGCUGAACAAGGAGAUCUCUUUCGAGGACGAUGACGACGAAGAUGACGACGAGGACGGUCCCAAGAAAGCCAAAUCAACCAAGUCGGACGAUCCUUUCAGUGGGUCGAUGCGCCACAAGGCAGCGAAAGGAAAGGGCAUCUACUACGUCAACCACACCAAGUGCAAGAACGGAGGUGACCUCGACCCGGAUGCCUACAACGAGGUGCAGGGAAAGUACCAAAUGAGUGCCGAUGAAGAGAAAACAUUGCAAUCGGAGCUACGCAAUUUGACCACUACUGCGGAGAAGCUGGAAGCGGAACCCACAAACGAAGAGGCCGCCCAGGGCAUUGCUACUUUGGACAUGGAAGUGGGUAAGCUUCGCGAGAAUGUGGAAGGCGCACGGGGCAACUUGGCCAACGAAGGCCGCAAGAAGAAACUCAAGAAAGCCAUUCCCAAGAUGGCUGCAGAGUGGAGGAAGCGCAAAAGGUUGCACACAGAGUUUCUUAUUAACAUUGAAGAGAUGUCCGAGGGUCAAGUCACCAUGAAGAAAUGCAAAUCAGGUGAUGGUCCAAUUUUUAUGGACACAGACGAAGCAGUCGUAUCCGUUGCUCGAGAAGCAGCGCUUCGCCGACGGGGAGGACCAGCGAAGAUGAACUCACGACGCAACUUCUCUUCCUUCCAGGGAAAGAAGACUGGUGGCACCGACGCGAAUGGCGUCACAGCGGAUCCAGCGUUCAUUGGAGUGACACUGGACUCGCAAGGCAACGUCAAGCGCGAGUACGUGUCCGAGAAUGCCGAGGACUGAGUGAACCAUCGAGAAUUGUUUCCUACACCAUUCGCUGACAGCCUGUGCCAGAAAACCCAUGUGCAAACCAUGCAUUGCAAUCAAAGUCCAAGAAACCGUGCUGUAGUCCCAGUUCAGUUAGUUGUAGCAGUUGUUUUGAGUCUAUCAAAAAAUAUUAGUGUUGACAACCACAUCUUGU